AUGCUGCCCAUUGAAACCUUGGAAGUGCGGGACGACCCCCGAAAAGGACGGGUAGAACCUGGUGAGCUUCUUACCCAGAUUCCUUUACAAGAAAAUUGCCCAGAGCUAACCGUGCAUGUCGACUCCGGCCUGAGCCUCCUUGAAAGAAACCGCCUGAUCGAGUUCCUUCGGUCCAAUAUGGACGUCUUCGCCUGGUCGCUCGCCGACAUGCCGAGGAUAGACCCUGAGGUCAUGCUUCACCGACUCCAGGUGAAACCGACCUACAGACCUGUGCGGCAGAAGAAACGGAGCUUCGCCCCGAAACAACAACGAGCAGCGACCGAAUUCGGACUCCCCCGCAUCCUGAUAUCUGACAACGGCCGUCAGUUUGACAACUCCCGUUUCAGAGAAUUCUGCUCCGAGCUCGGCAUCGACCACCGUUUCACCUCGAUCAUCCAUCCACAGACAAACGGAGAAACCGAUGUGACGAAUCGCACCAUUCUGCAGGGGCUCAAGGCUAGGCUCGACCGAUCCAAGGGGCAAAGGGUCAAGGAUCUAUACAAUGUUCUUUGGGCUUAUAGAACUAUGUUCCGACUUUCCACUGGCGAGACCCCCUUCAAUCUGGCGUAUGGAACAGAAGCUGUCAUCCCCUUGGAGAUCGGACUCCCCUCGCCAAGGGUAGAGCACCACGAUGCAAACUCCAACUCCUCUCAGCUCAGGAACAAUUUGGACCUCGUUGAAGAGACAAGGGAGGCAGCCCGAGUUUGCAUGGUGAGAUAUAAACGAAAAAUGGCACAGUACUACAACUCCAGAGUAAAAGCCAAGCUUUUCAAGGUAGGUGAUCUCAUCCUCAGGAGAGCAGGAGCUUCUCAGCCCACCGAGCAGGGCAAGCUUGCCCCAAACUGGGAAGGACCCUACCGGAUUGCGCGAGUCCAGCGGCCUGGAGCAUACAAAUUGGAGUCUCUCGAAGGAACUCCCAUUCUACGAAGCUGGAACUCCGAAAAUCUUCGGAUGUACUACCAAUAG